AUGUAAAUUUAAGAGUUUUUGGAUGACCUGAAAUAACCAUAUUUGUAAAAAUUUUACAGUAUAUGUUCAAAUAUUAGUGAUUUUGAUCAAUAAAAACAAUCCCCAAAAUUAAGAAAAUGGUAAAAGAAAUAAUUUAUUAAUUAUUAUAGGGAUUCAUAAAUAGAACCUGAACAAAUUUCUGAAGGAUAUCCUAUUUAAUGUGAGACAAAUAAUAUUCAUGAAGAAAAUCAUAAAGUGGAAGAAAUAGUACAAGAUGAAAAAAAAGAGAUAUAAGAAGUAGAAUUGUUUCUUUGCAAUUGCUAAAAGACUGGUUGUUUAAAAAUGUAUUGUUCUUGUUUCCACAAUGGAAGAAUUUGUGGGAAAUAAUGUAAAUGUGAAGAUUGUAAGAAUAGAGAAGAAUACAAAACUUAAAGAAUGAAGGCUGUAGAUAAUGUAAAUAAGAAAGCACAUAGAAAUAAAAAGAUUCCAAAAGAAAAACUAUUUGAAACAAAUGAAAUCUGGGGAUGUAAUUGUUCAAAAACUAGAUGUGUAAAGAAAUAUUGUGAAUGUUUUAUAAGGGGUAAGAAAUGUACUGUAGAAUGUAAUUGUAAUCAUUGUGAUAAUGGAAAAGAUGAAGAUCUUGUUAAUGAAAUAAAAAAAUAGAAUGAAAAACCUAAAAUAUAAAAAAGAAUAAGAAAAGAAAGAUAACCAUUAUAAUGA